UUGUCAUGUGGUGUGGAAACAUGGCCUGCGCAGCUGUAAAAUUAGCAUCCAUGUUGUUUUAUAAACAUGUGUAGGGCAUAUUUUGAUGUACUGCGAGCGCGAACAGGCAAGGUUGUGCACAAAAAAAGACACCGCCGGCUGUCGAGCUCUCGUGAGGAGCUUUCAACCUGUUUACCCUGGCUUAUGCAGCUUCAAGCCACUGCUGUGCCUGAGCCAUGGAGGCACAACAGAACCUCAUCGUCGUCAGGAUGGUGAAGAGGGAGGUUGAUGGCCUGGGACUGUCGGCGAAGCGACGGACAGCAGCCGGUCAUUCUGCGGUGGUCAUCGAGGAGGUGAUCCGAGGCGGGCCUGCUGACCAGACCGGGAUGGUCCAGCCAGGGGACACCAUCGUCGCUGUAAACGGGCAGGACACCGAGAGCUUGUCGUACCAGGAGGCGACCAAGGUCAUCAGAGACAUCGAGCCAGGGAAGCAGGUCGAACUGGUCCUCCGCGGACCGAAGUGGUUCCACACCUACCUGGAGACCGUCCGUCUGAGCAGCGGUGAGACCAGAACCGUGCGAGUCACCAGGCCUAACGGGCCCAUCGGCGCUCUCACCCUCCUCAUACAGCGCAUGAGAGGCAACACCUUUGACAAGAGAGCCAUUCGCAGACUUGAGAAUCGCGGCGACAUCCCACUCUACAGCCGCAGUGUGGCGAAUGCAGACGUGAUCAAGAGCAUACCGAACGGCACCAUUGCGAACGGCUGUCCAGUUACCGGCCACAGGGCGUCCACGGUGGGGCCAUCCGCCACCAGGAGACCAGUGCGGCUGAAGAACUGGCUGAACGAAAGAAGAAUUCACGACAACCUACACGCCAAAGCAAACGACGUGAACCCGUGCUCUGACGGUAAAUGUCUCGGUCCGCUGAUGCGACCACGACCGUUCACAACACCCGGCUACUUCCGGCCGAAGGAAGAAGUCCUUGAACAAGCAGAGAAGUUCAUCUUCGAAUACUACGCCUCCUUGAAGAGGUCGGAUGCUGCUGACCGUGACAGACGUUGGAGCGACGUCCAGGUACAGAUCGAGGAGAAGGGUGUGUAUCACCUGACGUAUGACGAACUGGCGUUUGCCGCCAAGAUGUCGUGGAGGAAUUCGCCCAGGUGCAUCGGACGUAUCCAGUGGUCCAAACUGCAGUUGUUUGACGCCCGUGAAGUCACAACAGCCCGAGGAAUGUUCGAGGCUAUCUGCAGACACGUCAAAUGGUGCACCAACGACGGGAAUAUCAGGUCAGCCAUCACUGUUUUCCCGCCACGCACGGACGGUCGCCAUGACUACAAGGUGUGGAACGGACAGUUCCUGAAAUAUGCCGCCUACCAGCUGCCUGACGGGUCCAUCCUCGGCGAUCCCAUCAACCUCGAGUUCACAGAGGUGUGCCAGGCUCUGGGCUGGAAGGGGGAGGGCACACGGUUCGACCUGCUGCCCCUGGUUCUGUCUGCUAACGGGGAGGACCCGGAGUGGUUCGACAUCCCCAGGGACAUCGUCAUGGAGGUCAACAUCACUCAUCCCAAGUACGACUGGUUUGAGGAGUUGGGUAUUAAGUGGUACUGUGUCCCCGCCGUGUCCAACAUGUUGUUUGACUGUGGCGGUCUGGAGUUUACAGCAGCUCCCUUCAGCGGCUGGUACAUGGGCACGGAGGUGGGCAGGGAUCUGUGUGACGCCAACAGGCUCAACAUCACCGAAGCCGUAGGGAAGAGGAUGGGCCUGGACGUCGCCAGAAACUCCUCUCUCUGGAAAGACGCUGUUUUCGUGGAGGUGAACAUCGCCGUCUUGCACAGCUUCCAGCGGAACAACGUGACGAUUAUGGAUCACCACACAGCUUCGGAGAGCUUCAUGAAACACCUGGAAAACGAACAGCGCCUGCGCGGAGGCUGUCCCUCCGAUUGGGUCUGGAUAGUGCCCCCAAUGUCAGCGUCUCUCACCGAAGUUUUCCAUCAAGAGAUGGCGAACUACCACGUGAGACCGUCCUUCGAAUACCAGGAGGACGCCUGGUUGGUACACCUCUGGAGAAAGAAGCCGAAACACCCGGUCCUUCUGAAGUUCGCCUAUGAUGAAAACCCACCAAGAAGGUGCAGCCUGAAGGAGGUGGCUCUGGCGGUAACUUUUGCUGCCGUGCUGAUGAAGAAAGCUCUGGACAAGCGAGUGAAGACCACUAUCCUGUACGCCACAGAAACCGGCAAGUCGGAAUCAUUUGCCUCUUCUACACUCGGGAUAUUCAAGCACGCUUUUGAUGCAAAGAUGAUGUGUAUGGAUGAGUACGACAUCACGCACCUGGAAAAGGAGGAACUCGUCAUCGUCGUCACCAGCACCUUUGGGAACGGAGACCCUCCGGACAACGGAGAGGCUUUUGGUCAAGCUUUACUUCACAUGAGGCACCCGCCUGGAAGUGAUGGUAAAAAGAGAUCCGGCAGUGUGCGGCGGGUAAGCAGCAUCUCCAAGGCCUCCUACCGACGUCAGCAGAAACUGCUGCGGCAGCUCCGGGACGGCGGGGCGCUCGGCAAUGUCAGAUAUGGCGUGUUCGCCCUCGGGUCCCGUGCCUAUCCACAUUUCUGCGCCUUCGGUCACGCCAUCGACACGUUGUUUGAGGAGCUGGGAGCAGAACGGAUCCAUCCUGUGGGUGAAGGAGACGAGCUGUGUGGACAGGAGGAGUCCUUCCGGGCAUGGGCCAAGGGCGCCUUUAAGUCUGCAUGUGAGAGAUACGAUGUCGGCCAUGACGUUAACAUGGAGGAGGCGAACGCGUCCCUUCUCGGGAGUGACUUCAGCUGGGCGCCUGGGAAGUUCCGUAUCGUACAGACCAAGGGACUGCCGGAGACAGACGUCCUGGAGGGUCUGUCCAAGUUGCACCGCAGAACACUUGUGUCCAGUACAGUCAUCUCCAGAACUCAGCUACAAGCUCCGGAAUCCGGCCGACAGACUUGCCUGGUGGAGCUAGAGACUCACGGAGCCCAGGAGCUGAAGUAUGUUCCCGGCGAUCACGUGGCCAUCUUUCCAGCCAAUGAGGACCGACUAGUGCAGGCGAUUCUGGACAGACUGGAGAAGGGAACAAACCCGGACGCCGUCAUCCUGAUAGAGGCUCUACAGGAGAAAAAAUCUGCAUCUGGCUUGGUCAAAACAUGGACGUCCCACAACCGACUGCCGCCAUGUUCUUUGCGCACGGCACUCUCCCGUUACCUUGACGUCACCACCCCACCGUCACCACAGCUGCUCCUCUACCUGGCCAUGCACACGACAUCAAGCAGGGAGAGAGCUGAACUCGAGGCUUUGGGCAAGGGAGGUGCCAGGUACGAGGACUGGAAGUUUGAGGCGGCGCCGACCCUGCCCGAGGUGCUGCAGGACUACCCGUCCCUGCAGGUUCCGCCCGCGCUGCUCCUCAGUCAGCUGCCGGUCCUGCAGCAGCGCUACUACUCCAUCAGCUCCUCCCCACACAUGUACCCGGGCCAGAUCCACGCUACAGUAGCCGUGGUCAAGUACAGGACGCGUGGUGGCAAGGGUCCGGAGCACAGCGGUGUGUGUUCUAACUGGCUCAACACCAUCAACAUCAACGAGUCCGUGCCUUGCUUCAUUCGCACGGCCAAGAAUUUCCACCUUCCUGAGGACCCCUCCCUGCCUGUCCUGAUGGUAGGUCCCGGGACGGGCAUCGCCCCUCUCAGGAGCUUCUGGCAGCAACGGCAGGUGGACAUCAAGACUGGUACCACGUCCAGACAUCCCCCCGGUGACAUGACCCUGGUGUUCGGCUGUAGACAGUCCAGACUGGACCACAUCUACAAGGAGGAGACGGCACAGGCCAGGAGAGACGGAGCCCUGAAAGACAUCCACACAGCUCUGUCUAGGGAACCUGGGACAACAAAGACGUACGUCCAAGACAUCAUCCGUCAGCAAAUGCCCAGGAAGGUGCUGGACCUGGUACUGAGGGAUGGCGGGCACGUCUACGUGUGCGGUGACGUCACCAUGGCUACAGACGUCUGUGAGACCAUUCAGCGAAUCCUGGUGGAGCACGGCGGGAUGUCUAGGGCCAGGGCAGAGGACUUCAUCAACACCAUGAAGGACAACAACCGUUACCACGAGGACAUCUUCGGCGUGACUCUGAAGACCCAUGAGGUUGAGAAUGAAGCUCGCAAGAGAGGAAUGUCCCUGUUGGUGACAUCGGAUGAUGAGGACACUUCCUUGUGAACAGCUCCAUCUCCUGUCAGAUAAAUAAAGUGUCAUUGAAACUGCUUUGAUGUGAUGAUAAGAACAUGGACAAAUCUUCGGAUUCCGUACAAAGCGAUGGGAAACUGAGAAUUAGCGUAAUAUAGAUUGAGCCAAGAGAUGUUAUGUUUUACCACUAAAGUAAAGAAAUGUUUAACAACAAAAGACCAGUCUGUAAAAUUGAAGAGAUAGACAAGCUUCAUUACUUAUGCUUUAUAUUUUCAAUAAACAGACAUCAAUAUAUGUGAACUUUGGGAAGUUUAGUAUUUACCAGUAUUGAAAUAUCUGAAUUAGCUAUAGAUUAUUUGUUUUGGGUGGAUAUAGUUAUUUGAUUUAUUCGUCUGUAUAGAGAGGAAUUCAGCCAGGGCUACCCAACUAGCCGAAGGCUAUUAGCAAGGGCUAGCCCUGGUAACAAUAGUGUUGAGUGUUUGGCCUCAUCUAACAGGGAAAAUAUAGAUAAGAUAUCAAUGUGGUUAAUGGGUCUCAUUGAUAAUCACGUGGCCCUUUUUACGGCAUGAUGAAAGUUGUUGUUUUUUUAAAUUUCAAAAUCGACUCUCAACGAUUGGCAAGAAAUGCCUCAAAAGAAUAAUUUCAAUAGUCCAAAUAGUCAAAUAUUGAUUUUGCUGUAAAACAGAAGCUGGCUAACAAUGUGUUGUAUCUUACUCGAAAAUGUUCAAUUUGUAAAAAAAAAAUAAAUGCUCUUUUAAUCAAU